UAUUGUUGUUGUUAUUAUAAUUAUUAUUUUAUAAUUUGUAGCUUGUAUUAGUAGUGCUGUCUUUUUUCUUCUAUUGUUAAAAGCAUUACAUUUUGAUUUGUUUGCUGGAUGACUUUACUAUUGCAUUAAGUGUCACAUACUGUAUUUGAGUAUACCUAUGGAGUGAAAUUAGGGUCACAUUAGAUUUGUGCGUGUGUAAACCGAUCUGUGCGUGCAUAACCAGAAUUGUAAUUAGUGGGGCUAUACCAUGCUUACACUUACUACUACUACACUGAUUUGGGGCAUUGAAAUUACGCACAAAUUGUGGCUAAAUUUACAAGUAAAAUAACGUGACCUAAAUUUGCCUCCCUUUGAUUGGCUAAUGAACAAGGAAGUUCAGCAACAGAUUCUAAAAACUCCACAAGCAGCAUCAAGCUAGUCCACUGACUGAUGACUUUAAUUAUAUUUAAUGAUCAGACAGACAUGACUCAUAUUCAUGUGUAUGAAGAUGUUAAUGUAGCAUGUUAGCGUCAGGCUAUUAGCAAUGCUGUGCUACGUUAUGAUGUAUCUGGAGUUAAGGUGGGUAUGUUCUAGUAACGCUACCGUUGUGACUCUGUGUGAUCGUUUAUCAGAACCACAAUAAACAUGUUCAUUUAACAAUGCUUUUACACAGCCUGAUGUGUAAUGCAGUUGUUAGACAGGCUUGGAUUUCAGUGCAGGAUCUUUGUGUUUCCACCCUGAUCAACACCGUCUACGAGGAGACAGGCACCCAGUGUUGCUGCAGAAUCUCACAAGAUGUCACCGAUACCAAAGACACGGGCAGAAAGCUUGGUCUGAGAAAUCGCGAUCGUUGUAGUUCGCAGCAUUCACUUUCAACCAUCAGCUGAGACCUGCACCGCUCUGACUCUGAUACAUUUAUGCACCACUGGACUUUCUAAGAUCAUUUGGAGUUAAUCUGAGCCCAUGUUUUAGUGUCUACACACUGGACCCAACAGCCUGCAGGGCCCCUACACAUUCAUUUGAUAAGUUGAGCACUAUGAACAUUUUACAAUGUCAGAAGGUGUAUCCAGACUCGCUCCACUCUUAUCAACACAUGACAUCAAGCUGGUGUGUGCCCAGUGCUCUGUCAAAAAGAAGGAAAUUAGCUACACAUUAAAAUCAGUCCAGCACCAGUGUGGACGUAAUCUCCUGCUAUGCAGAGUCAGAGGUUGCAGCACAUGGAGACCUGUUGCUAGACGGCCUACGUUUCCUAACCCCAGUCAGUAUGUGGUUUGUAACUUUUUUGUGGAGAACUUUGGCUGCACUAAGCACAGGAACCGAUGCACCUUUGCCAGAAGUGAGGAGGAAGCUGCAGUGUGGAACUUUGUCAAACAGUAUAAAUUAGACCAUUUGCUUCUAUGUAACCUUAUAGCCCAGUCUGAGAUAGGACCCAAUCAGGUUAACAGUGCAGAACCUCUAAUUGGCCUCUUAAAUACACUUGAUUUGAAGGUUGUGUGUGAUCAAUGUGUCAUUAAAGACAAGGAAAUAACUUACAGAGUUGGAUUAGUUAGUCACACGUGCAGUAAAACUCUACUUUUAGCCAAAGCUAAAGCUUCUGAUGAAUGGAGGCCUGUCUCUGAGCGUCCUAUCAGUAGAGGAUUUGGUCCAAAUGUGCUUUAUCAAGUGUGUGACUUUUAUGUUGAGGGCUCUGGAUGUACACAACAUGGCCAAAGGUGCACAUACGCCAGAAGCACUGAAGAGGCUGUAGUAUGGAACUAUGGUAGAGACAACAAUCUAGAGCAAGAUGAGUUGUUACGUCUAGUAUGUCAGGCUGAGGCGAUUCUGUUGACUCCAGAAAGAGCUGCUAAAAACAUACUUAAUGAGUUUUCAGGGGAAUUCAUAGAAUUCUGUAAAGACUGUUUUCAUGACAGCCCACAGAAAUUGACAACCAAAAGGUGGAAUGACACCUGCUCAGGAGAUGCAGCACACACAUGGGAUCCAGCCUUAGUUCACCACCUGUCAGAGGAAAGUGGAAAGCACAUCUACAGCGAGGUGCGUCCUCUUCCCCACAACUGUCAGCUUAAGUACUGCAGUCAUGUCAGGCAAGGCAAGCCCUGCUGGCACAAGCCUGGCCACUGCAAGUCAGCUCAGAGUGAGGUGGAAAUGGCCGUGUGGAAAGCGCAGCUCAGCGGCAUCGUCAUUCGACCGCAUCUGCUUCACGUGGGUCAGCAGGCACAGACCGAACACAGACAGGUCUCCAUGUACUGUAAAGUUUGCCUCCUGGUCCUGUCCUCCCCAGAGAGCUUCUACAAACACUGCUCCUCUUUAGAACAUGCACAGUUACUGUCUGAGGACACCACCACAAGGUGGAGAGGACGACGGCCUCCACACAACCACAGAGCACAAUUCUGGCUGUGCGAGAGACCAGCAACGUGUGAGUAUGGCGUUAAUUGCCCAAAAGCUCAUUCUGAGGAAGAGCUGCAGGAGUGGAUGAUGCGUGCUGAAGAGGAAGAGGAGAUCAGACACAACAUUGAAGCGCAGGGUCUCAUGUCCUACAAUGAAAGGCUCCUGGAUGAAUACAAAAACAGUAGCAAUGAAGAGCACAUUAUAUCUGAACAAGUCGAUGAUGUCAAAAUCUCCUGUGAUGAAGAUUUAACGCAGAAAUGUGAACAAAUCAAUGCAACACUGAAAUGGAACUUCAAUGUUGAAACAGAGAGAAAACUUCUGCAUGUGGCGCUGCUGAAGCAAGAACCAGGAUGUUCUUUCACACUUGAUGAUACCACUUUGGCACCAUGCAUCUAUUGUCCUGGAAAAAGAUUUAAUAGUGAAGACAUGUCCUAUAACAUCACAGUGUCUUUUACGUCCAUCAACCCAGGCCGUUAUGAGCAGUGGUUGGUGCUGGACUUUGACAUGAGACCAGUUCUCUUGAGGAAGCUCAGAGCACAAGUUGGCAAAAUAGAAUCAGAUGACAUCGAGCAACCAGAAGUGAACAGUGGAGCCGCCUUUCAAAAUGCUGAGCGUUGGCAUGGGGGGAACAGGGUUAUUGUUCCAUUUUUGUCCAGGACCAAAGAACAAAAUAAGCUGUUGAAGGACUACAAGCCUCCACAGUUGAGCUUUUCAUAUAAAUUCUCCCAUAACAUCCAAACACCUCUGAAUAAAGAAAACUACAAAGAGAGAAUGCACCUCUUCCUGUACAAUGAGGAAAAGGCUGAGGACCAGGUUAUUUCCAGACUAAAUGUCCGUGGAGAAAUCAAAACAAUGACAAUUACUCCCCAGGGUCAAUUAUUCUGCACUGUCUCAAUUCGUUGCAACCUCACGCCAGACACCCCUGAGGGACAGGUACUAAAACGUAGCAUCCAGUCUGCCCUGAUAGCUCCUGUAUCAUCUCAUGAUCAUAAUCCCAAGGUUUAUGAAGCCAUCAUUCUUCAAGACCAAACAAGAGAAAAUGAAAUUCAUUUAAAGCUGUCUGAACAAUGUUGCUCUGAUCUUAAACUAAAAAGCAAUGAAUCGUAUCAGAUGGAAAUCCAGUUUCAGCAGAACCGCUCCAGCUUCUGCACAAUGCAUAAGGCUGUAGACCUGCUUCCUGAUACAAGCAGGGUGCUCCCAGACUUCAAGAACUGUAACGUCCCUGUGAAUAACAACUCCUAUGACAAGCUCAAUCUGAAGCAGCAGUCAGCAGUUCAUUUUAUCAUAGGGAGUUCCACUGGAAAAGGAUCUGUAGCACCACUCCUCAUUUAUGGACCGUUUGGAACUGGAAAAACAUACACCCUUGCUACAGCAGCCAGAGAGCUGUGUAAGCAGCCUCACAAUAAAGUGCUCAUUUGCACACACACCAACAGUUCUGCAGAUCUGUACAUCAGAGAUCACUUCCACCCAUUCAUUGAAAAGAAAAACAAUGACAUUAAGCCAAUUCGGAUAAAAGCAAACAAACAAGGGGUUGCUUUGUUGGCCACAGACGAAAUUACAUUGAAAUAUUGUUUUCUUUCAGAAGAUAGGACAUAUUUUCUACUACCUACAAAAGCCACCCUAGAUUGCCACAAAGUAGUUGUAACGACCACAACAAUGGCAAAACAUUUUCAUGACCUCCAGCUUCCAGAGGGAUACUUCACUCAUAUUCUAAUUGAUGAAGCCUCUCAGAUGCUGGAAUGUGAAGCCUUGAUGGCGCUCGGACUUUCUGGGCCAAACACUAGAGUUGUUUUAGUUGGAGAUCACAUGCAAAUGGGGCCAAAGCUUUUCUCAGUAGAUGAUCAUCAUCGUUCCAACCACACGCUGCUCAAUCGCUUGUUCCACUACUAUCAAGAAGAAAAGUGUGAGGCUGCCCAAAACAGUAAAAUCAUUUUCAGUGAAAACUAUCGUUCAACCAGAGAAAUUGUGGAGUUCGUGUCCACUCAUUUCUAUGUUGGUAAAAAUGAUGUUAUCAAAGCAAGUGGACAUGUUCCAGCUCCUGCAAAUGACCAUGCACUUAAGAUGUUCCAUGUGAGAGGAAAGUGUGUUUUGGAUCCUUUCUCCAUGUCAUGGUUUAACAAAGAAGUGGAUGAGAAUGUGUUGAAAGCAGUGAAAGAAAUCAUCUACCUCUGGCCGUCAGCCUGGGGCUGCAGAGACCCAAGCUCCAUCUGUGUUUUGUCAGAGGGAUACCAGACUCGGAUGAUUAGGAACAUGCUUUCAAGGCAAAGUCUGAGAAAAGUCUGUGUUGAGAAUCUUGCAAAUGUACAAGGAAAACAGUUCAGGGCAGUCAUAAUAGCAGUUGUACAAACACGUGACAGCCUAAAAACGUCAGACCUUUCUGGUCUGGAGCUGUUUAAUGAUGCCCGUGUGCUAAACACUGCAAUGACCAGGGCUCAGUCCCAGGUGGUCGUAGUUGGAGAUGCUGUUGCCCUCAGUUGCUUUGGGAACUGUUCUAAAAUCUGGAAAAGCUCCAUAGACCACUGCAUCAGAAACAACAGUGUUGCACCACAGCAUUUCACCAAAGAUUACUUUGAAAAAGAUGUGAUGGAAACCUCUAGGUUUCAAAAGACUAACCACAUGAAGGAGAGCAACACUUCUAGUGACGCAAUACUUCAAGACCUGAGGGAGGAAUUUGAGAAACUAGAAGCAGAAGAAAACUCUUUUAAAAAAAGUUUGGAAUUUGAAAACUCUAACCAUCAUAAGUCAAGAUCCAUCUGUACGGUUGACUCUCAGGUUGUGGAAUUAUGUAAAAAACAACCAGAGAUGUUCAUGCAAGGAACGCUGUUCAGGGAGUCCUACAACAAAGGCUAUGUCAUACCAUUCAAUGAUCCCAGCAGACAAAUUCACAUUAAUGGAAGGAAAAACCUGGGCAGAGCCUUUAGUGGAGAUGAAGUAAUCCUGCAAAAUACAAAGGUUGUCAGUGUCACCAAAGAAGCAGAAUCAGCCCGUGAACUCAUUUGCCGGCUUGAGGAUGAGGAUCACAGCAAACCAAGACAUUCAAGAGACCAAUUUGUAAGAAGGACAAUGAUAGCCACCACAAAAACAGCACCUAAUGUACGCAUACUGGUCAAAAAGAACAAACGUAACUACAUUCCAAUAUGGGAGCAAAGUUAUGGAUGUUGGAGUCUUUCAGCAUAUGAGCGUAUUAAUGAAAAUCUCAGACAGAACUGUGUAUUUGUGGUGCAAGUGAUUGAAUGGAAAGAACAUUGUUAUCUUCCACUGGGAAAAGUCACACGUACCCUUUCAGUCAGAAGCCCUUCAGAUGCUCUACGUGUCUUGACUGUAGAAUUCAAAAUUCCGCCCAACACAUCUAAUCCAGAGGAGGGUCUGUCAAGGGUAGAUGAAGAAGAGAUGUACCGACAGGACCUGCGUAAUGUAUUUACCUUCACGGUUGAUCCAGUGGGAGCAAAAGACUUGGAUGACGCCAUCAGUGUCAGGGAAAAUAAAGACCAGUAUGAGUUGGGAAUCCAUAUAGCAGAUGUGGCAAGCUUUGUGAGACGAGGUAGUGAUGUGGAUGAGCGUGCAGAAAAACAAGGGGCAACAUUUUACUGCAGCGGGGAAAACCCCAUUCAUAUGUUCCAUCAAGACUUGAGCACCAGACGCUUCAGUCUUCUGCCAGGUGAAGAUCGCAGGGUGGUUUCACUGAUGGCAAAAGUAAACAAGCAAACCAAUGAGAUAAUUGGGGAUCCUAAAUUUCAGCUUUCACUGAUUAAAUCUAAUAAGCAGUUGUCCUACGAACAGGCAGAAGACAUAAUUUGUAAAAGUGAUGAAAGAUCUGAGGACAUAGAAAACUGUGUCAAAUUGGCGUACAAUUUCGCUAAAACCCAACGAAAAAACAGACAACCUAAAGAUUGGGCUUAUUCUCAGCCUGAUUCUGAUAGAGUGCCUGGGAAGAGAAAAGCCCAUUUAAUGAUCGAAGAGCUCAGUGUACUGUUCAACACACAUGUAGCAAAGACUUUGACUCAGCUGGGAGGAACAAAGUAUUGCACACCCCUCCGCUGUCAGGAAGAACCAGAGCCUCAAAAGGUUGAAGAAUUCAAAGAGCAGUGCAGAGAAUUCAUACCAGUGUCUUUCUAUGUGCGACAUAGAUUUAACCAUGAUCAAACAAAUGAUGGGAAAGUCCCAAACUCUGAAAACUUCAGAAUACUCACAGAAGUGUGGAAAGAUAUCAAGUCAGCAGCCAAAGAAAAUGACAUGGACAAAUUAAUCGACCUGAUUGCUGCAGACGACAUCUACCCUCUGCUACAGCCAGUGACUGAUCAGUUCAGGCGAUGCCUCAGUAAAGCGUAUGUCGUCUGUUCCAAAUCGUCUCCCAAAGCAGAUGUGGGGCAUUAUUCUCUGAAUGUCAACUGUUAUACACAAGCAACUUCCCCCAUCCGUCGGUACAUGGACCUCAUCUUGCAAAGACUUCUGCACUCUGCCAUAUGUAACAAGCCUGUCCUGUACAGUAGGACAGAGAUUAAGACAUUGUGUGGGCAAUUUGAGCGCAACCUCAAGGAUGCAAAGGAAUAUGAACAAAGGGCAGAGCAGAUCUCUUGUGCAGUGAGAAUGAAAAAGCAAAGUGCUUCCAAGGUGGUAUUUGUACUUAGUGCAGAACAAGAAAGAGAGAGUUUCAUUGUGUCCUUUCCCUUUAAGAACAUAUUUGCAGAAAGAUUAUCAAUUAUGUACAAGGAUUUACAGUUGGAGGACCAACCACUGUAUGAUGAAACAAAUCAGUGCAUUAUCCUCCGGUGGAAAAGGCGGAUUUACUCACCUGGCACCACAGACAUUCACCAAGAAAUUAAACUAAAACAAGACUCUGGACCCUGCGUUGAGCUUCCCAUGAAAAUAUGGGAGGACAUUAUUGGAGCAAUUGAUAAAGAAAACUGGACUCAUGCACAAGAACUCAUAUUGAACAAUAAUCCAGAACAAGUGAAAAAAAAAGGAAGCCAGAAGCCAGAAGAUUUGGAGGGUCUUCAUUUAAUGGCUAACACACGUCUCUGUGAGGAGAAACUGAUGCCAGAUGUCCAUAAGGAGCAUGAGGUUGACAUCUCCCUGCAGCUGCGGGCAGGCGACACCCUUCUAAUCCAACUGACAUCAGAGAUUAAUAGAUGUGUCCACAUGCCUGCUGUUCAGUUGGUGUACAUCACACCCAAGUUUGAGAUUUGUGUGGACCAUGUCCACAACCCUAUCACAUGCUUCUCCCAGUAUGCAGAUGAACCAUCAAGGUUUUAUUAUAAGGACACAGAUGAGUAUGUACGGAUCUGUAAACCACUAUGUGAGAUGGAAUCCGCUGCAACUGCAGUGAGUGAAAGUAAUGGCGUCCUCAUUGAGAACCUGGUGGUUAAGUUUAGGAAAGAACAGGAAGCUAAACUAACAGGAAGCUUCUUCUUAUCACAGUCAUGGAUUAAGGAAUGGGCCAUUGAGUGUAACCUAUCAAAAUGCCUACUGUGCAUACGAAAAAGAGGUCUGAAGAUGGAUCGUGCUCCUGAACACUCUGCUGUGGUGGACCAAAAAGGGUUCACAUGGGUUGCUCAUGGUGUUACGUGGAAAACAGAUGAACAGAAAAAUCCACCAAAUGCAGGAAUUAAAGUGGAAUUUUACAUUAACCAUCUCCCAAUGGAGACCAUUCCAGAGUGCAUCUUUCAGAAAGACACAGACUUCACUGUUGAAAUAAUCCCAAAGCUUCUGCCUGAUAUCCGGAAAGAAACUGCUGUGGUCUCAAUUAAAUCUGCCUGUGAUCUAGUGAGGCAAAUAGCACUUGGAAGUCGAAUCCCAAAACAGAUACAAGCUGUAUGGAAUGUUGUCAGGAAACAGCUACCAAAUGUGCUACCAGACCUUAACCAAAGUCAGCAAUGCGCUGUGGAUAAAGCUCUGAAUGAUACUUUCACACUUAUUCAGGGGCCACCUGGAACAGGAAAGACCAUAGUUGGUGUGUACAUAGUCUACCGCUUCCUUGAUCUCAACUCAAAGAACCAAAGGAAGUGUGUUGGCCCAAAGGAUGAAAAGAAGAAGGAAGUGAUUCUCUACUGUGGUCCAUCCAACAAGUCUGUUGAUGUUGUUGCAGAGUACCUGUUGAAGUUUGGUGACCUCAUAAAGCCUCUUAGAGUCUACAGCCAACAGGUUGAGAUGCUUGAUUAUCCUUAUCCAGACUGUACUCUUCAGUUUUCUCAAAGCGCAUUUCGUUCAGAUCGUUCCAAACCAGAACUCAGGAGUAUUACUCUGCAUCAUCGCAUGCGACUGGACCAAAAUCCAUACUCAAGUCAAAUAAAGGAGUUUGACCACCGCAUAAAGCUUGCCCUGGAAAAACAAGCAAAGGAGCUGACUGAUGAAGAGGUGAAAACAUACAAAAAACGUCUGAAAAAUGCUCGGGAAUAUGAGCUGAAACAGCAUGACAUCAUACUGUGCACAUGCACAACAUCUUCCACUCCAAGCUUGGUCAACACAGUCAGUGCACGUCAGAUACUCAUUGAUGAAUGUGCAAUGGCCACUGAACCCCAGGCUCUGAUUCCAUUAGUCUGCAACAAACCAGAAAAGGUUGUUUUGAUUGGAGACCACAAACAAUUAAGACCUAUUGUGAAGAAUAUGCAUGUGAGGAAGCUGGGGAUGGCCAGGUCUCUGUUUGAACGUUACAUUACAAUCCAUUUGCAGAGAGCAGUGAUGUUGGACACCCAGUACAGAAUGCAUGAGGACAUAUGCAGGUUCCCAUCAGAUGAAUUUUAUGAGGGAAAACUGAUGACUGCAGUGGAGCAGCCGAAUAGUGUCCUGCGUGUUAAAGGAAGAACCAUGCCAAUUGUCUUUGGGGACCUAAAAGGAAAAACAAUCAGCCUGGUUGUCAACACACCCAAGGGCAACGAGAACUCGAAGGCAAAUAGGGAAGAAAGAAACGCAGUGAUUGACAUUGCAGAAAAGUUGGUGAAGACUGCCAAGGUGGAACAGCAAAGCAUUGUGAUUCUGUCUCCUUAUAAUGCCCAAGUAUCGGAAAUUAGAGAUGAGCUGAAGCAGAAGGAAAUGGAUAAAGUCACUGUCACUACAAUCACUAAAAGUCAAGGAAGUGAAUGGCGUUAUGUCAUCAUAUCUACAGUGUGCUCCCUGUCAAGUGAGGAGAUUGUGCGUGAACCAGACAGAGCGUGGUUGUCCAAACAUCUAGGCUUCGUAGGUGAUCCAAACCAGAUAAAUGUGGGCAUCACCAGGGCCAAAGAGGGACUGUGCAUCAUUGGGGACCAAGAGUUGCUCAGUUGCAGUCAAACUUGGAAGAACCUCCUGGACCACUAUAGUGGUCGACACAAUGCAGUGACAAACGCAAAUGAGAUCUCAGUGUAUUGAGUCACAGUUGAUCUCCUAUUUCCUUUGCUUCGCUUGUGAUUUUUACAAAUGACAGAUCAGAGACACUGAUCUGAUACCUGUUUUACUUUUUUAUAUGACUUGAAUGAUAACUAGCUGCAUUAUGACUGUUAUUUUUAAUGUGCUCCUUCUAUAUUCAUAAGUUUUACAAUGUUAUGAUGCAUUAAAAUAAACAAUAACUGAGGGUUUUACAUCUUCUAUUUUUAUUAAAUUAGCUUUUUAAAACCACUACUUAGGUCCCAAACUUGUUUUUACCUUCUUUGGAGAUGUUUAUUAAUGAACCAUUCAACACUUGCCUGCCAGUUAGAGUUUUUAUGUUCGACCAUUCAAAAAAUUUAGUUUUUUUAAUAAAUUGUGAUAGAUAUUAAUGUUGUGUACCUACAGUAAGAUUUUCAAGUUUAAUAUAUGUUUUGUAUUAUGUAAAACAACAAUCAAUUCAAUGUUCUUACGAUGAAUGUGUACAUAUGAAACAUUAAAACAAAAGUAUUUUUAUAACUAAAUUAUUUAACAGAGUUUGCAUGUUCUUCUCGUGGGUUCUCUCCGGGUUCUCCGGCUUCCUCCCUUUGUCUGUGUUGCCCUGCAAUGGACUGGCGACCUGUCCACGGUGUACGCCUGUACUGUAGAUGUCUGUGAUAGGCUCCAGAACCCCUCGCGACCCCGCAUGGGAACAAGCGAUAGAAAAUGGAUGGAUAGAUGGAUGGAAAUUAUUUCAUGUUAUUUUGUUUGCUUUUGUGGGAUUUAGUGUAGACAGUGUUGUAUUAAAGCUGUUUGCUCACUGUCUUCGGAUACUCAACUAAACAGACAGCAAUUCCAUUCACUGCUUUCGGUUCCAUUAAAUAAGUCAUUUCCAUUUUUUUCAUGAUUAGCCUUCUUAAAGAUGUGCCUUGUUUGUUACUAUUUGUAGUUGAAUAUAUUUGUGUAUGAGUUAUUGUUCCUAUUACAUAGUGAAACUGAAAAUAUAUUUUUCUACCAAAGUGAGGACUUUUGAGGAUUUUAGGAUUCCUAAAUUUCCUAAAAAGAUGUGCAUUGUGCCCUCAUGUCAUUGAACAUCCUAAAGAUAAAAGCAAAAGUGUUUCUGUGUUCUUCA